GACAUUCCAUGACGAGUAAUAAAAUGCGUAAUGUUAGAUAAUCCCUCAAUCCAGUGUAAACUAAAUCCUCGGAUUAACAUGUUAUCACAUUUGAAACUUAUCACUCGUGGUGGUGGUGGAAUUAUUAUAAAAUUCCACUUUGACCAUGCUCCACCACGCCGUGUUAAAAGUAUUGAUUGAAGUAAUAAAUUUACUAAGAAAAAAUAUAAAAAUGGCGAUAACGAUAUCACGAAUACAAAAAUUACGAUUAUUAUUUGUCGCGGGAUUUAUUCUAUUAUUAAUUCUAAUUACAUCAAAAUACUCCAAACCCCCACAAAAUAAUUACCAUCAUAAUUAUCACAUUAAGAAAAUUGCAUCUCCAGAAUUAAUACAAAUAGCGCUCGCAAUAUCAACUUACGAUACGAAACCAGUGAUUAAACCAAGUUUUAAGUUAAGAAAAGCCUUUGACUGUGACAAUUUAACACCGGCGACGAAAUUCUCACAACGGGGGUCAUAUUGGACACUAAAUAAUUUUAUCAUUGGAAGGAAACGAUACAAUUGUGAUGAAUCCGUGACAUACACAACUCAUGCAGAAUUUGGAUUCCUAAUGGACAAUCUUGUCCCGUUAGCUCAGAGAUGGGCUGGCCCCGUUUCUUUGUCCAUUUUUGUGCCAGGAACUGAUUUUGAAGAAGCCACAAAGAGAUUAAUCUGGCUAAGGGAAUGUUCACCACAUUCGGAUUUGAUUAAAGACUACGUCACCGUGCAUUUCUAUUUUCCGAGUAAGAAUUUACCAACACCGUUAUCGGAAGAUUUUGAAAAAAUGAUUUUUAACCAAAUUGAUUGCAAUACUUUGGCUUUUUGGAACUUGUCAUCAACUGCGAAAUCUUAUCGGAGUCAGCAUUCCUUAACUUAUCCAAUAAAUGUUGGGAGGAAUUUAGCCAAAGAAACGUCAACUACGAAAUAUGUGUUAGCAUCGGAUAUCGAAUUGUAUCCAAAUCCUGGCCUUGUUAAUAGUUUUCUUAAAAUGAUUUCUAAUUAUGAAGAGACGAACGGUGGGAAUAAGGUGUUUGUGUUGCCAAUAUUUGAAAUUGAUGCGUCAUUAGAGCAACAAUUACCAGAAGAUAAGAAACAACUGGUUUCUUUAUUAGAAAAUAAAUUAGCUGUUCCCUUCCAUUAUCGGAUUUGUCCACAUUGCCAUAAAAUUCCAAGGGCGGAGGAGUGGGUUCUACUGGGGGAUAAAGAAGAGGAGGACUUGAAAGUGUUCCAUGUUGCAAAUCGGACAGGAAUCCAUGCUCAUUGGGAACCGAUUUACAUUGGGACAAAGGACGAUCCUGGAUAUGACGAGAGGCUGAAUUGGGAAGGGUUGAAGGAUAAAAUGACGCAGGGCCUCGUCCUUUGCCUGCUUGACUAUGAGAUGCACAUUUUAAACAAUGGAUUUCUUAUCCAUUCACCUGGAAUUAAGUCGAAAGGCCCAUCGCAUGAACAGUGGAGGAAGAAACUAAUUAGUCAACAGUUUCAAAUUAUUCAUAACAUUAUUUUACCAGAACUGAAAUUAUUGUAUGGAGAGAAAGAUGGCUGCGUUGUUUGAUUUUUAUUAAAUUAUGAAGUAUUUUUUAAAGAAUUGUAUUUUUAUGCAAAAAAGUUUACUAUUUCGAGUUAAAAAUCGAAUAAAUGUAAAAAAAAAUA